AGGUUUAGAACCUAAUAUUUUCGCUUCCCCGGCGGGCGGCAACCUCACCUUAGCCGCCCGCCGGACCUCAACCUAGUCCGCUAGAAUCAUCUUCACCGAAUCAGUUCUUCUGCCGCUUGAAUAUUGCCGUACUCUAAGAAAAUGACCCUCCGAUCUACUUCCCUCUCUCUCUCUCUCUCUCCAUACAUAUACACCCAAAUCGAAGAUGUAUAUGGCAUAUGGAUGGCCAGAGGUCAUCCCUCUCGAAUCUGGUCCCUGUCCUUCUUCCAAGCGGAUCAUCUAUCUCAAACUCACCGAUCGCCUGUUGCUCGUUGUCGCUCCUUCUCAUUUGGAGCUCUGGAGCUCUUCCCAGGUUAAGCUUUCAAACAAGUUAUCACAUGGGCAGUUUCUCUGUAUUCAUGAGAUGACUGUACAGGCUUUUAAAUGCGUUCUGCGGGCAGUGGUUGCUGCUACAUUAGUUCUGAUGCUUGGAGAGCCUGAAAACGGGCCAAUUAAAUCGAUCCUGUAAAAAGUUUAGUCUCUCGUCUGGAGGCAGCUGGACAUAGUUUUAAAGAAGAGAUAUGAAUGGAAUCUCUGCAGCUU